UCCAAAGUUUCCAUCGACGCACCGCCCCUAGCCGCAGCAGUCCCUCAAUGUUUGCCUAAAGGCUGCCAUGAAACAUUGUACGAAUCCGGAAGCUUGCGCCUCCGCCUCUGCUUGUCAAACGCCACGACCUUUCAGCUCCUCAGCCUGAUGCCCGAGCCACCUGCUCUCACAAAGCGAUCAGCGUCUGCCUCUCGCAUUGCUUUUUCAGAAGCUGACACAAUAUACGGUGCCCAAGAACGUGGCUUGCCUUUCAUGGGAGGCAGGGCACGAUGGAGGCUGAGAAGGAAAGCUUUAUAUGUGACGCGCAAUUUCAGCGUGCUCGAGGAUCAUCGCCUAGUUUCUAUAGUCCUUGGUCGUUUAUGCAAAACGCUUCGGUCUGAGAUGGAAAGCUCUCAGUUCAUGCUUCAACGAGCGUGCAGCGCUUCAGUGUCUUUUGCGGUCUUCUUCCUUUCUCUGCUUCUGCUCUCUCAGGACACCUCAGCCUUGUACGUCGCUCAACCAACGAACCCAACUUCGAUCACCCCAUCAAACCAGGACAUCAGUCCUCGUCCCACUCAAUCCCCCAAAGGCCGGCGAAAUGAUCUGAAGAACCUGGCCGCACGCCAAGAUCCAGCUGUCACCUGCGCGUACAUAGAUGGCAUCGCCACUUCAAGUCUAACCUGCAGCCCCGGCUACGAAUGCGCCGUCAACCGCCUCGGCGGCGCAGGCUGCUGCCCCUACGCGAACUUCGAAAACUGCGCACUCCCCACCGCAUGUCUUCCCUACACGGACCUCGGCUCCUGCGGCUCAGCAUGCCAGCUCAAUCCCUAUGUUUACAAAUGCACCGACCUCUACUACAGCGAAUGCCUCACCGUCGGCGUAGAAUACGACUACAGCAACGCCUACUACGAAAUAUACUACUGCGACAGCGUGUCGGGCUACAUGACGGCGUAUCCGUCGUUCACGGAUGGCAUCGCCGGCGAGACGUUUGUGCUGCCCGAGCCCGUGACUGUCACGCGGACUAUGCUUACCGCCGGCGGAGACACGUAUGUGUAUAAUGUGCCGACUAUCAUCAACAACAAUGGGGGUACUAAUGGGAGUGAUGACGGUGAUGGGAGCGGUGGUGGGGGCGGCUUGACGAUGGAGGCGAAGAUUGGGAUUGGGGUUGGCGUGCCGUCUGCUGUGAUUGCGCUGGUUACGUUGCUGACUAUGUGGUGGAAACGCAGGUAAGGAGGGAGGGACGGUAUCGAGUUGGUGGUCUUUUCUGUUGGAGCGAGUUGGUAUUGGGAUGGGGUGUCGGCAGGUCCCUUGGUUAUUUAUACCUUCCGUACUUUCUUUCUUCCUUCCUAUCAGCUUUCCGUCUUUUCAUACCCCUAUUUCAAACUUCUCAAGUUAUAUUAUAUUACUCUUUUAGAUAGAUAGAUUCAUACUCGCCAGUCCUGCACUUACUAGCCAUAUCCACCUCUCUUUUCACACGUAAAUCCGUGCUGUCAAGAAUCCAUCAGCCAGAUCUCCAAUCACCACAGACACUUUUUCAAAUGAAAUAACGAUA